CCAAACGCGAGAAAGUGAAGGAAAGGAAAAAAAAAAAAAAUGGCGGACGAUGACGUUUGGCAAUGCCUGAGGCACCCAUCGAAAUGGCGACGAAGCGGCGUCUGCCCGAUUUGUCUCCACGAACGUCUCUCAUCUCUCUGCCCCGACUGCGCCCACUCGCUCCCCUGCUCGUGCAGCUCACGCGCCGCCGUGUCUCCGUCUUCUUCGUUCUCCUCCUCCUCAUCCUCUCUCUUCUCGUACCCCGGCGUCUCCGGCGUCGGAUUGGACGGAGAAGAAGCUCCGUUCGUCGGGAUCGGGUCCGUUGGUAGAGUCGCGAGCCUCAUCGAGUGCGAGCCCGCAUUUCGGAGAUCGAAAUCCAUGGCGGUUCCGUUUGUCGGGUCGAGCAACCCGGAUCCGAACCCCGAAACCGGGUCGGGUAAGGGGAGGGACGGCAAGACGGUGUCGUUUUGGAGGAUGUUAUUGGGAAAAAGGGGAGAGGCCAAAACGGCGUCGUCUGCAGCGGCGAUGAUGAGGAAGUCGAGAUCGAUGGCGGUUCCCGACGCCGGAGAAUCAAGAUUCUCGCCGGCGGCGACCGGGAAGGGGAAAGGAUGGUACUUUCCGAGUCCAAUCAAGGUUUUCCGACAAUCCAGAAUGUCUAAGAUGGUGUUUCAGCAACGGUCUCCUUUGUACAGAGGUUGAACAAUUUUUAAUUUCCUUUUUUUUAUCCUCUUUAAAUUAAUCGUUUUCUUCUGACUCGUUAAUCGCUUGAUAAAUCGAUAUAUAUUCUCAGACAGAUGUAUUGGCAAGAAAGAGAGAUUGAUUUUUUAUGGAUUAUUAUUUUCUUCCAAUUUAUAUUUUUUCAAGUUUUUUUUUAUAUAAUCUGUAUACUGUUCCUAGUUAUUGUCUGUAUUUCGUCGCUUCUGUUUAGUUCCAAUGCUUCGAUGAAAUAAUAAUUAUAAUUAUAAAUC